CCGCUACAGGAGUGAGAGGCCGCGGUCAUCAGUACCUGCUGGGAGUCAGCACGGCAGAGGGGAAUGUGCCAUUGAGACUCUUCUGGCUGCAUGAAGAAAAUUCGCAAGUAUUUAUACCUUUUACAAAACCAGAUACUGGUAUCAAUGAAUCAUCAUUACAGGGCCAGAAAUUAUUAAGUAAUAUAGCCAAUCAGAACUAUGGACUUGUCAGAGAUAAAGGUGAAUUUCUUAAGGCAAAGCAUUGUACAGUCUCUGAAAUCUGGAUGUUAAAAAAGGCCCUUUGGGGCUUCCCUGGUGGCACAGUGGUUAAGAAUCUGCCUGCCGGGCUUCCCUGGUGGCACAGUGGUUGAGAGUCCGCCUGCCGAUGCAGGGGACACAGGUUCGUGCCCUGGUCCAGGAAGAUCCCACAUGCCGCAGAGCGGCUGGGCCCGUGAGCCGUGGCUGCUGAGCCUGCGCGUCCGGAGCCUGUGCUCCGCAGUGGGAGAGGCCACAACAGUGAGAGGCCCACGUACAGCAAAAAAAAAAAAAAAGAAUCCGCCUGCCAAUGCAGGGGACACAGGUUCAAGCCCUGGUCCAGGAAGAUCCCACAUGCCGCGGAGCAACUAAGCCCGUGCGCUGCAACUACUGAGCCUGCGCUCUAGAGCCUGAGAGCCACAACUACUGAGCCCUCAUGCCACAACUACUGAAGCCCACAUGCCUAGAGCCCGUGCUCCCCAACAAGAGAAGCCACUGCAAUGAGAAGCCCGUGCACCACAAUGAAGACCCAACGCAGCCAAAAAUAAAUAAAUAAAAUAAUUUUUUUUAAAAAGACCCCUUUAUUGGAAAUGAUGGCAAAGGACAUUUGCAAGAGCAGUUUUAUGAUGUAUAAUAUUCACCUGCUUUUCUGAAGUGGAAUCAGUGAUAAGUUUCCAUCUAUUCACAUGUUUGACUUGCACAUUUGAGCAAUCCUGUAAGGAAGCACUGUUCUCAUUUUGCAGGUGACAGAUUUGAGGCAGAGGGAGGUUAAUUAACUUAAGCAGCAUUAGUAGCUCUGUAAGAACAAUUCAGUCUUCCUCCUGUGUCCCUCUCUAUUCUCACACUCCUAGCACCUUCACAACAUUUCUGACAUCGGAUGUGGGUGGGUUUUUCCCCACGCCGAGCAAUUAAUUCUACUUUACCAGCUGGGUGCCCUACAACUUAGCUCAAUUCGGACACUCUUUUCCUGGAGAUAGCUUCAGAUCCCACAGGUUAAGGGCUCAGUCCCACAAGAUCGCCCUGCCCCCGCUCAGAUGCCGUUUGCAAAUAGAAGGCCCCCAGGUUACCCACAACUUCUGUCUGACUUGGCUGCAAAUCAGAGGUUUGCAAGACUCUUCCACUUUGGAGUCAGUUAUUUGCUGGUGCGGCUCACAGAACUCAGAGAAACACUUUAACAUUUGCUAGUUUGUUAAAGGAUAUGACAUAAGGCGAACCCCAUACUACUGGGAUUUUAUGGAGGCUUCCUCACUUGGGCAUGAUGAACUCUUAACUCCAUUUCCAGCCCCUCUCCCCUCCCUGGACGGUAGGGGGUGCGGCUGAACAUCCCAAGCCAUCUAAUCAAGCUUUGGUCUUUCUGCUGACGAGUCCCCAUCCAGGAGCCCCCCAGGAGUCGCCUCAUUACAACAAAAGACACUCCUAGCAUCCAGGAAAUUACAAGGAUUUCAGGAGCCCCGUGUCAGGAGCUGGGGGCGGAAACCAGUAUAUUAUGUCACAGUAGCAGUACCAGGAUUGACCCCAGACCUUUUGGCCCCAGAGUGCACUCUCAUACCCGUACAUUCCACUGCCUUUCAUUUCCCCUGAUACCCAGGGCGAGAAUGAUGACCCUGAACCCUGGGAGCCACCACAAGGGACUCUUGUGUGAGCCUCGCUGCUUAGACUUGAGCAGAUUGUUCACUGCACUGGAGCCCCUGGCUGGGGGGCUGGUGAUUCACACAGAGCCACCACUUGGGCUUGGAUCUACGUCUCAUGGCUUCCUUCUCCUUUGCCAGUUGUGUCUUCCCAGGACUCUGCCCUUCCCCAGAAGGGGCUGGAGAAAAUGACCAAGUUCCAGGAGCCAGUGUCCUUCAAGGACGUGGCUGUGACCUUCACCAAGGAGGAGCUGGGGCUGCUGGACUCCACCCAGAGGAAGCUGUACCGAGACGUGAUGCUGGAGAACUUCUGGAACCUGGUCUCAGUGGGAUAUCAACCUUUCAAAUUAGAUAUGCUACUACAGCUGGACAGAAAAGAGAAGCUUUGGGUGAUGGAGCCAGAAACCCAAGGAGGUGGGUGUUCAGGACACAGGAACCAAAAUGAGAUAGAGACUCUUCAAGAAGCAGGAUUAAGACAGCUUUUACAUGAAGGCCUUAUGUGCUGGCAGAUAUGGGAACAGUUUACAAGUAAAUUAACCAGAACUCAGGACUCAAUAAUAAAUCUGAAAGGCAAGAUGUUGCCAAAACAAGAUGAUUCCUCCUGUGAGGCAUGGUCAGGAGAAUCUACUCAGGUUCCUGAAGAUGAGAAGUAUGUAGGAAAGCUUCAAGGGGAGAGUUCCACAAGUAUCAAAAAUCAAGAGUCUCCCACUCAGACCUCCUGGGAUUUCUGGAGGAAAAUGUAUCUGAGAGAGUCACAGAAUUAUCAGAGUAGGUGUCAGCAAAUUGAAAUAAAAGAUAAACUGUGUCAGUGUGAUCACUGUGUCAUGAGAAGGAUCUCUCAUCACCAUGGCAAUCAGGAAGUACACAAAAGCGAGAAGGCUUGUGGCCACAAUAAUCAUGGAAAAGACUUUGUGAAGAACACACCCCAGCAUAGCAUCAUCCACUCAGGAGAGCAGACCUUUGAUGAGACUGGAAAAGGUGUCACCCUUGGCUAUGAUGUUGAACUUCAUCAGCAGUUGCGUGUAGGAGAGAAGCCCCACGUGUGUAGUGAGUGUGGGAAGGGCACCACGUAUAACUCAGUGUUUCACAUUCAUUACAGUGUUCACAGAGGAGGGAAACGCAGUGGGAAUGAUGAGUGCGGGGUGGACUUGGGUCAGAGCUCACAUCCGCAGACCCAUCAGAGAGCCAACCCAGGGGAGAAACCCUACAGAUCUGGGGUGUGUGCUGCUGAGAGCUUCAAUCAGAACUCCUCCCUUCCCACUCAUGAGCCCAUUCACCCGGGGGAGAAUCUGUGUAGGGGUGGCAGGUGUGGGAAGGGCUCCAGUCAUAGCUUAGACCUCAACAGUCACUGUGUAGACAGCACUGGUGAGAAAUCCUGGAAAUGUGAGCUGUGUGGUAAAGGCUUCAAUGAGACAUCACAAAUUCAAGCCCAACAGACAGCCUACCCUCCAGACAAAACGUCCAAAUGGAAGGCAUGUGACAGGAUAUUCAAUCAGAGCUCUGGUCCUCUUCAGAGUGUUCACACUGGAGAGAAACCAUAUAAAUGCGAGGUAUGUGGGAAAGACUUCAGUAAAGCCUCCAACCUUCAAGCCCAUCAGAGAAUCCACACCGGCGAGAAACCCUACAAGUGUGAUGUGUGUAAUAAGAGCUUCAGCCGGAAUUCCCAUCUUCAGGCCCAUCAGAGAGUCCACACAGGAGAGAAGCCCUACAAAUGUGACACAUGUGGGAAAGGCUUCAGUCAGAGCUCACAUCUUCAAGACCACCAGCGGGUCCACACCAGAGAGAAACCCUACAUGUGUGAUGUGUGUGGGAAGGGUUUCAGUUGGAGCUCCCAUCUUCAAGCCCAUCAGAGAGUCCACACGGGAGAGAAACCCUACAGAUGUGAAGAAUGUGGGAAAGGCUUCAUCUGGAACUCAUACCUUCACAUUCAUCAGAGGAUCCACACGGGAGAGAAACCCUAUAAGUGUGGCACAUGUGGGAAGAGCUUCAGUCAGACCUCCCAUCUUCAAGCCCAUCGGAGGGUCCAUACAGGAGAGAAACCCUACACAUGUUUUGACUGUGGUAAGGGCUUUAGCAAGAGUUUGUCUUCAGGUUCAUCAGAGAGUCCAUAG